AUGUCGAUUCCCUCUCUUCAGAACGCGCUCGUCGCAGAUAGUGAUUGUACUAUCUCGGGAGAACAUCCCGUUAUCCAGUCUAUCACGAUACUCGAUGCCAGAUGCCUCUGUGCUCCAACACUACUCCCCGAGUCCAGCGUUACUCAAGUCGCUUAUGUACAUGUUCGCAUUCCCGCGUCUGAUAACCAGAACUCCAUCCAGGGUUAUCUCGCCACUUUGAAUGCGAACUUCGACCCACUCCCCAUCGAUGUGUCAGCCUUCGAAUCCUUCUCUCUGGCACAGCUAGACCAUCGAUUGAAAGGAAAGGUCGUCUCCAUAUUGGCAAAAGCUUUUCUCGAUCUUCAAUCCGUUGCCUCCGAGGACGCCAUCUCGAAGCCAAUCAAUCGUAAACAAGGUCAUGUACAAAAGUAUAUGGUGGCACUUGUUGGUGUUGGGAGUGCUCUACUUGGUGCAGUUGCCAUGUUUCUCGAAGGCCAAGAACGACGGAGGUUGAGAGGCGCGGUGGCUGCAAAUACUGCUGAAGGACUUGGGGAUUUUGCGAUACUAGCUCGAGGCACACGCGAGUAG